AUGUACCCUGCCAUACUGGGAGAGAUGAUCGACGCGGUCCUUGAAAAGGAGGAAUAUCUCUUUUCUCCUCUCGAAAUCGUGAUGCUCAGAGAGUAUCAGCAAUUGCCAUCGGACGCUCGUUACGUCUUUGCCAGGUUGGUGCAACGUCGGGAUGCGUGGCAACGGCCGGACAGGUUGCGAUUCGAGGAGCGAGAUUGUGGCGACUUGGCAGGGGCCAUCCGAAAAUUGUGCGAGCCUGUGUUUCUGCAACCUUCUCAAGUAUCCCAUAGCUCUGCGCAACCUGCAUCGCAAAGCAAUGACUCGGAGAGGAUGGGACACUUCUGCCUCGGAGUACAGGAGAUGGACCCAGACGACGUGCACGCUUCGCUAGAGCUGCUUAAUUUGGAAGAGCUGAAGAGGCUGGCCAAGAUGAUGGGCAGCAAGAAGAGCUCCGAUACAAACACUCGAGCUAUCGCGAUUGCCACUCUGCUAGAAUCGCGGACCCAAGGCACCUUUUCGUUUGGACCAAGUCCUAAGAGCGGAUCUUCCCAGAUGGACGUGCUCAAAUGGCACAUGUCUGGCAUUAUAGGUGACUGUGUACGCUUGGCACCUAGAGCCAGAAGCUUGAUAGCUCGUCUUGCGCUGGUCUACUAUCGCGCGACGGUUCAGUCGGAAGGAUCGGCAUUGACCACUGCCGUACUGGCUCGGAGCAGGCGAAGAGUGUACCCUGUGUACCAACAUCAAAGGACAGCUCCGCUCUUUGCUUCAAGACAACAUCUCAUAUCGAUGGAGAAAGCUUUGAGGCUAGAAGUGACCAUCGACGAGCUGAUCGAGUGGGACGGCAGCAAAGAGGCCUUCGCAAAGGGAUUGAACAUCUUCGAAUCGGUCUGGCAAGAGUGGAAAGAGUGCGUGGAGGAUGCUCAGAGGCAGAAUCCGGACGGGGUGGAUAGGAUGACCUACCACAAGAUGAGGUUUCAUCCUGGUUGGCCCUUGACUAGGAUCGUCUACAAGGGCGCGCACCUGCUCGGAAGAUUCAAACUGUACGAGAGGGAAGAGGAAGUGCUGAGGGCUUUGCUAGCUCAAAGAGCCUUUCGGAGAGGUAGAAGAGGAGAUUGGUACGAUCGUUUGGCGCUCAUUCUGGCGCAGUACCCGGCGGAUGGGGACGCGAAAAGGGGAAAGAUGAGAGCGCUGGAGGUGGCAGUUCAAGGCAUCGAAGAUUCCGAUACUCAUCUGAUCUACCACGAUACGCUUCAAAGAAGAAUCACGAGGCUGGAGAAUCAACUCAACAUUCCAUUCUCGCAAAAGCACGACUUCAGCUAUGCGAAGCUCGCCACGUGUCGAGACCGCGUGUUUGAAGGCACAAGACUUGACGCGAUGGCAUCUAUGGAGCCUAAAAGGGGGAUCUUUGGAAGCGUGAUGCCUAGUCAAAGACGAACCGUUGGAGAAGUUUCUAGUGCUGGGAAUACGACGUCGAUCGAGCGCAAGUCCAUGUCUUCUAUCUGGAGAGGUCUAGAUUCGGAGCCUUGCAGAGUCGAAGAUCUUGUGCUGCAGCACUACUCGAUGCAAGGCUAUUCGGGCUAUCAUUGCGAAGGGUCGAUCAUCAGCAUGCUCUUCACCCUAUUGAUGUGGGACGUCAUCUUCUUGCCUAUUCCGGGCGCCUUCGAGACGGCGUAUCAGAGCGCACCGUUGGAUAUAGGAGAGGAUUCGUUCAUCGUUGCUCGAGCGCCUCAGGUUAGGCAGAGGUUGCACCUGAUCGAAGAGAGGGGCGGACUAGACUUGAUGGAGGAGGUGCACAAACGAGAAUCGCAGCGCAAAACUUGGGCAAUAGGUUGCAAGUGGGACACGUAUCCGCUCGAGGAUCUAUUGCAGAUCGCACAGUGCGUGGGUGGAAAGGGUCUAGCGGUGAUUUGCCAAAUGAUGUGCGAAGAAUACAUGACGGCCGGCAUGCCCGACCUCGUCGUGUGGAAUUGGAAGGAGAAAAAGGUGAGGUUUUGCGAAGUCAAGGGACCGGGAGAUAGGCUUAGGGAGAAGCAAAAGGUUUGGAUCGAUGUGCUGCUUAGAGCGGGAUUGGACGUGGAGGUGAGCAUCGUCAAGGAAGGCAUCACCUCGAAUUUCUCCGCCAAGGUCGAAUGAAAUGGCCCCACACGGGGCUCUGCGCUCACGCGCGCAGAAAUUCUUCGGAGCAAAUGCGCGACGCG